AUGGCGUAUGGAAGAUUCCAAUCGCCGACUUGUUCAAUUCUGGACGCCUUCUCGCUGAAUCCGGUGCCGUACCCGGUGCUGCUGAUUCUGGCGGUGGUGUCGCUCUUCCUCGGCUUCCAAUGGUACGUCUCCUACGAGGACGUGGUGGAGGCGACGGAGGAGAGCAUGGGGUGGGUGCUGAUGGCGGCGCCGCUGGUGCUGCUCCUGGCCGUGCGGUGGAUGUCGGACCGGGAGUACCCAGGGGGGCUGAUCUUCGGAUCCACGCCGUUUGAUCGGCGGAGGAGGGAGUAUUACCUGUCGGCGGCGGGGGAGGGGGCGUCGCCGUGGGGAGUGCUGGCGGUGAUCGUGCUGCUGCUGGUGUUGGUGCAGUUUCAGUCUACUUUUCUCGAGAGCUGGUUUGGAUAG